GUGGUGGUGUGUGGCGUGACAGCGAGGAGCAGUGAAGUUGGUAUUCAGCGAACAUGGCUUUCACGAAUAUUUUCGCAUAUGUCAUUACUUUGAUGCUUUAUGAAUGGCUUCAGGCUUCCUCUGUAGACGUUAGCGUCACAAUUCCUGAAUCGAGAGUGGACGGUGUUUCAAUGACAACCUCAUCCGUGAACCGUGGCGUGCCUGUGUCGCCUUCCCUGGGUCCAAGUUCUUAUUUGUCUCUCAGUUUGAUGUCCGCGUUUCCCGAUGAUCUAGAAAUCAGCGACUAUUGUCAAGAGGAGCUUCAUAUAUUUGCUCAGCGAUAUGUGUCAUACGUGAAUUGCCUGGUCUCUUUCGUUCGUCCUGUCAAGGUCUGUCAGAACUGUCAUAUCCAAUUUAGAAACCUCGAAGAAAUAUAUGCAAAUAUAUCGUCAGACCAGGUGGGCCCAGCCAACGUGAGCUGCAGAGACACCCUUCUCCGCUCAGACAGGCUGAUGCUGGUGUUUGUGCUCUUCGACAACCUGCUGGAGAUAUGGAAGACUUCAGCCUGCGAUCGUUGCCUUACCAAAGAGCUCAGCAGCUUAUCCAACGAUACUCUGUACUACAUGGCCACACUGAAUCAGUCACUAAGCUGCUUUGAGAAACAUCAGCAGCAAGGGAAUCACUCUGAGCUUUGUAAAGAGUGCAAAACAACCUACAGAAGCUUGAAUGAGCUUUAUAGCAGGAUGGAAAAGAACAAGACCCUCUGCAUUGACAUUGAGGAUUCAAUGAAUAUGACCCGCAGAUUGUGGAGCAAGAAUUUCAAUUGUUCCUUCCCCCGGGAAGAGACUGUCCCUGUCAUCGCUGUGUCCAGCUUCAUGCUCUUUCUGCCCAUCAUCUUCUACUUGAGUAGCUUCCUUCACUCGGAACAAAAGAAGCGCAAGCUCAUUCACCCCAAGCGUGCGAAAUCGAGUGGUGGUCUGACGAACGUCCAAGACAAAUACAGCUGAAAGACUGACGGACGCAUGGAGAGGCGGGAGAGGGGGAGGAGGAACGGCGGUGUCCACCCCUGAGAUGCACUCGGUCUGCAAGGGUUCCGCGCUGCAAAGACCAUCGUUCAUAUUGCCGUGGGUGGGUGGGUGCAAACAGGCACUGGGUGUAAGGUAUCGGGUUCGAAUAACUUCCACAGUGAGCAGAAAUCAAAAUAAACAUCCGCAUAGAAUGGGAAAAGUGAU